CGUCCUCUGUUCCCCUGUUGCAGGUAUGAGCUGUCGCAGGACCUGCAGGACAAGCGCAUCGAGAUGCUGGAGCGCAAGUACGGCGGCGUCAAGGCGCGCGUCGCGGCGCUCACGAUCCAGCGCGCCUUCCGGAGGUACACGCUGCUCAAGAAGUUCGCCGCCAUCACGGCCAUGGCCAAGGCGGAGAAGCGGCUGAGCCGGCGCCUGCAGGCCAACGGCGACCUCUGCGACAACGGCGCCGCGCCCCUCAGCCCCGUAGCGGCGCCCGCCCCCGGCGGCGGCCCCGUCGCCGCCGCCGUCGCCGCCGCCGCGGCCCCGGCCCCCGGCUCGUCGCCGGCGUCCCCGAUGGGCGUCGUGCCGGGCCAGGCGGCCGGCCCCCGGAUGGCGCCCGCCAGGUCGCUGUCCAUGCGCGAGCGCCGCCUGCCCCGCAGCCAGUCCAGCUGCUGCGGCGGCGAGCACUACGACCACUACGCCCCCAGCUACGGGCAGGGCCAGCCCCCCGGCGGCCCCCAGUGCACGCCGUCAUGCGGGCCCCCCUGCGGACCGCCGUGCGGACCCCCCUGCGGACAGCCCUGCGCCUCCGAGAACACGUACUGGGACUCCACGUCGGCGCACUUCUACUCGCCCCACGAGUCCUACUCGGAGCACGAGAUGAGCUCUUCGAUGGUUCCCGCUCGCGGGCUUAUGCCCCUGCCCCUGUCUCACGGGUCCCCCCACGGGUCCCACAGCUCCAUGGGCCACGGGGACCCUUGGUCGUCCCUGAGCCCUUGCCCGUGCCCCGGCCCCUGCCACUGCCCAUGCCCCUCCUGCCCCAGCCCGAACCCUUCCCCGAACUCCUCGCCCGCGGGCAGCGUGGCGAGCGUGGCCAGCUAUCAGCGCCAUCUCCGCAAGAUGCCCCCCGACGUACCGAAGCGCACCUCGUCCAUCACCCCGCUGCCCGGCCACGGGAGGACUUCCCUCCAGGGUCGCCUGGGCGGCGGCCUCGGCGCUGGGGACAGUGGCAGCGUCACGUCGGUGCACUCGUCGGGCUCGGACAGCAGCAGCCACACCGCCACGGCCUGCGACCCUCACUGCGACCCGCACUGCGACCCGCAGGCCAGGGCCGCCUCGCCCUGGAAGAAGCAGCAGGAGUGCGCCAUGGUCACGAGCCCGCCCGCCGGCCACCCCGGCGUGCACCCGGCGCAGCUGGCGCAGCUGCAGCUGCAGGCGCAGGCCAUGCAGGGCCAGGUGCAGGGUCUGCAGCAGGCGCAGCAGGCGCAGGCCUACAGCAACCACUUGCAGGAGCCUCAGCAUGUCAUGUACAAGGUUUCAGAGACUGUGCGGAAGAGGCAGUACCGUGUUGGCUUGAAUUUGUUUAACAAGAAACCAGAGCGAGGAAUCAGCUACCUCAUCAGAAGAGGCUUCUUAGAAAAUUCUCCUCAAGGAGUAGCAAGAUUUCUUAUUUCUCGUAAAGGCUUGAGCAAGCAGAUGAUUGGAGAAUACCUAGGAAAUUUACAAAGUUCUUUCAAUAUGGCGGUGCUGGAAUGCUUUGCAGAGGAAUUAGAUUUAUGUGGAAUGGCUGUGGAUGUUGGUCUCCGAAAAUUCCAGUCUCAUUUCAGAAUGCCAGGAGAGGCACAGAAGAUUGAAAGAUUGAUGGAAGUAUUUUCUGCAAGAUACUGUCGAUGCAAUCAAGAUGUAGUUGCUCGAUUAAGAUCACCUGAUACAGUUUUUGUCCUGUCCUUUGCCAUCAUCAUGCUCAAUACUGACCUCCAUACUCCAAACAUUAAGCCCGAAAGACGAAUGAAAUUAGAGGACUUCAUCAAAAAUUUGAGAGGCAUUGAUGACUGCCACGAUAUAGAUAAAGAUAUGCUAGCUGGAACUUACGAUCGAGUUAAAGCUAACGAAUUUAAACCUGGUUCUGAUCAUGUCACUCAAGUAAUGAAAGUUCAAAGUACUAUCGUAGGGAAGAAACCCAAUAUGGCGUUGCCACAUCGUCGAUUAGUAUGCUAUUGUCGCUUGUAUGAAGUGCCAGAUGCUUACAAGAAAGAGCGACCAGGAGUUCAUCAAAGAGAGGUUUUCCUCUUUAAUGACUUGCUUGUAAUCACUAAAAUUCUUUCUAAAAAGAAAAACUCUGUAACCUAUACAUUCCGUCAAAGUUUUCCACUUUGUGGUAUGAUGGUGACUUUAUUUGAUGUGCCAUACUAUCCAUUUGGAAUUAGAUUGUCUCAGAGAGUUGAUGGUAAGGUGCUGGUCACCUUCAACGCUCGCAAUGAGCAUGACCGUUGCAAGUUUGCAGAGGACCUUAGAGAGUCUGUCUGUGAAAUGGAUGAGAUGGAAAAUCUUCGCAUUGAAGCUGAGCUGGAGAGACAGAAGAGCAGUCAUGCUGUGCGGGCUGCAAGGUCAGGUGCUGCUGGCAGCACCACUGGAGGAAGUGUCAGUACGAACUCAGAUAAUAGAGAUUCGGGUGUUGCCGAUGUAGAAGGCGUGUAUACAUGUGGAACUCAAGAAAAUUGUGUGAGAGGAGAAGCCGAGGCAUGUAGCAUGGAGAGAGAGCGACUUGUUUCAACUGAUGUUUCUCUCAAGCGUUCUGCUCUAAGCAAUUCUCUUCUAGAUAUCCACGAGCAAUUUGCAGGGGAAAAACCUCAGCGCAGAGGCAGUGUUGGGUCUCUGGAUAGUGGAAUGUCCAUCUCAUUUCAAUCAACAUCGGCUAGUACGGUGAGCAGAGACUCUUCUCCGCAAAAUGUGCAACCAUCUCCAGGUGCCAUAGCUAAGGGAGCAGGAAAAGUGGUUUGCCAUGUCCAAAAUCAUCCUCACCAAAUGCAGCAACCACUCAACCACGUGCUGCACCCUACACACCCAGGCAUCAUGGGACACCCCAGCCACCCUGUACACCCUGGACAACCAUCUCUUUUGGGUGGGCUCUUUGCUAAGCGGGAAAGAAAGGUUAUGCGUGAUGAGAAUGGCCCAUAUAGUCGUAGUACUGAAGUCUAGUCCACUAUGGCCUUUGGCCUGUGUAAUUUCUAGUCCUGAUCUGGCCAGUGAUAAUGACCAAGAUCUCUAGCAGCUGCAUUUGACAUUUGAAUGAUGUUUAGGAGAGCGGGAGAGUACUUUCCUUUCCAACAACAAGAGUUUUAAAGUAAAUUUUCAACAUAAAUUGUUUCUCUUUCUUGCAGUUUCUUGAUCAUUAUGUCAUUCAGUUGUCAAACUGCUGAGAAGUUUGUGGGUCUUAGUUCUAUUUUUAGUAAGGAUGAUUGAAAAGUUGUUGAGGCUGUGUACUGUGGUUGUUAAGUAUGGCUGAUAAUUAAUUUUAUUCAUUGUAAUUUAGGGAGUCACAAACAUUUUGUACCAAAGCUGCAGUUUCCAUUAUUUUUCUGCUUUAUUUUAGGGUCCAAUUCAAGUCCUAUCAAAGCAUGAUAGUUUUUAUCUAAUCUUUGAAAAAUAGGUGCCUUUUAUCAACUACAGUUGCAGUUGCACCUACUUUAUUUGCUCCAAAAUGCCCUUCAAGCUCAAAAUAAAACAAAUAAGAAAAUGCAAAAGUCAGAAGGGUAAAAAUGAAUGAAUCAUGAACGGUACUUGACUGACAUGUAAUUAAUUUCAGUUCUCUCAUACUGCCCUUCAGAAAUGUACUGUUUAAUUGUCAGCGUAACCAUCAGACAGCUCCAUAACUUAUUUUAAAGUUUAAACAAAGGAAAUAAUCAACUUUAACUUUGCUAAUUGAAGUAGAUUUUUCUUCCUAUUAUGCAUUUCUAUAGAUUUACUGUUGUUCUUCUUAUGUAGUCAAACUUAAACUAUCAAAACUAUCUGCUGUUCUAUGACCUUGAUAGCAAUUUUUCAGGCAUGGAGUGAAUUUUAUACUCAUAUAUUUUGCUUCAAAGUUGCAUUGCCGAGUGUUUGUUAUUUUUUUUUCUUUGGCUGUAUUCUGUGUUUAAGUACUAGUCUUGUUUCUCAUCUUCCAGUUAUCUAUUUUUGGUUUGAGUGGUGGAUCAUUUCUUUCUUUGAUUUGCAUAAGCUUUGAAAGUUAUGUUCAGUGUGCUCUCUAGUUAUAAGAAAUGCAAAACUCUCUGCUAACGUGAUUGGAAAACAUUAACUACUUUCAGAAAUUAUGGUUUGAAACACACCAGUGUUUCCGCUUAGCAGAGUCUAUUGCAUUCAAUUAUAUUCUUUCUAUUUUAUGUUCAUACCACAUCUAUGCUAUUGUAUAUAGAGAGAGUGUUUAAAAUUUGAAGUAAGAUUAUUCCAAGAGUUUUGUAAUGUGCUGUCUGUGCACUUGUAAGUUUAGAUUGUUUUAAUACUAAUCUGUAUAUACUGUAUAAUCACAUAGCAAUAUUUAAAGUUUUGUAUAUCUUUUGUAACUUGUAUGUCCUUGUACACAUUUUAGAAUUAAUUUGUUGUUAAAAACAAUCAUGUUCAUGUUAAGUGAGGGUGUCAUCCAUCUGUGUUAUUUUAAAAAUUGGAGCCAAAGUUUUACUUUCUAUUGUUUUUUUUUUUUUUUAAUUGUUUUAGGGUGGUUUUAUUUCCCCAAUUACUCAGCAAUAUUGAAGAGGAUUAAAUUUUGAAAGCGGUUGUUAUAUAACUAUUGUGUACAACAAUUAAAUAACUUAAAUAAUCAUUCUUCAUUGGAUUAUUAUUCAUUUGUAAAUAUGUGUCUAUUGUGUACAGUUUAUUAAUGAGCAGGCAAUUGUUACCUAGAUAAUAAAUAUACCUUACCACAACAGAAAA